AAAUGGUAUCAUCCAGAGUGUUUAGGACUAGAUACCCUAAAUGAGCCACAGAAUUUUUUCUGCAGAUUUUGCAAGGAAAAUAUUAUAAACUGGCCAGUAGAUCCCCUGCCUUAUGUCCCUGACAUGGAUGGUGAAGAUAGGGAAGAUGAAAGUUUUAUGACAUCAACAGAUGCCAUGAGACAUUUGAGGACGGCUUACCAGUAUUGCUGGGAUAUUGUGCAUUUUGAGGGUAGUGAAAGCAGUGUCCCAUGGAUGAAAAGGCAUACAGAUUUUGUGGUGUCAAACAAGUUAUCAUUGACAAGAGGAUUUGGCGAGGGCCUAUUUACCCAGCAAGGACAUGUUUUAGUGUAUUGCUAUGACUUAUUAAGGCAAAAUGUAAAUCAUAUGGCUAUUUUCAAUAUCAGGCUUAACUUGGAAAAGAGAUUUCUGAGAAAAAAAGAUCCUAAUGCUGUUUAUUCAUUACAUAAUGUCAUUAUUGUGUCAAAUGAAGGUCUAACACAACAAUUCAUUAAAACAUCCGGUCUUGCAGAAAAUUACAUUUCCAAUGUUUUGACCAAGGAGGCAAUGGUAAUCAUUUUGCAGGAGGCAACAGGCAUUAAUUAUCAUCUCUCAAACCAGGAAUUGGAGAAAACAGAGGGAAGAAAUUUGACAACAGCCAAUAGGCUUAUCAUGAAAUAUUUUGAGAAAGAACAAGCUGAUUUUUUUAGAAAACAUUCUAAAAAAUAGAUACACAACAUCUUUGUUUCCGCUUUGAUGUACUGCCAGGAAAUUUGGACCAUCUGCACAGUUUGAGAUGUAAAAUUAAACUUUGAUGUCAAAUCUCCCAGAUUUUGAUGAUGUGCCAUACUUCCUUUUAUUCUGAUAUACAAACAUCAAAUUUGGAACAUGUACACAAUUUGAGAUGUAAAAUUGAACUUUGUUAUCAACUGUCGUAGAUUUUGAUGAUGUGGCCUAAUAUGUUUAAUUUUGAUGUAGAGCUUUGAAUGUCAUACUAUGUGCACAGUUUUGAAUGUAAAAUUGAACUUUUUAUUAGAUUGCCUAGAUUUUGGCAUAAUAUAACUUACUUGGACUUUCUAUAUAUAUAUACAGCUAUAACACUGAUCAUGUGCACAGUUUCAAGUGUAGAACUAUAAUUUAUAUAUCAAAUUACCUUAAUAUUGACCUAGUGAUCUACUUUCUUGUUUUUGAUGUACAACCAUGUAUGCAGUCUAAAUUAAAAUAUAUAUUUGGUAUGAAGUAUUGGCUAGUGACCAACAUCAUUCACAUUUUUGUAAUUGACUGCUUCUACACCAAUAUUAGUCUGUCCUAAAGGUUGGGCUUUGGCCCAAUGGUGUCCUUAUUUUAAUAAAUUAUAAACUUUACUUGACCAGUAAAUGGGAAUGAAGCUUCACUUACUACUUUUUGCAUUUUAUUUCAUACUCAUUUUUUGCUUUCUAUUUUUCAAAUUAGACCUGAGUAAGAAUUGUCGUAGAGUUCAACAAAUUGGCAAAUUUUAUUUUCUUAAAGAUGAUAAUAACAAAGAAUAUCUUAAUAAUAUAAUUCGAAUAUCUUAAUAAUAUAAUUAAAAUCAUUUAUUUCAUGCUUUCAAGUGUUUUAUUGUAAUAUUAUUGUAAUAUAUCAGAUGAUUAUAUUCUAAUUAACCACUAGUGAAAUUUAUAAAAUAUUAUUUUCACUGUAGCCGGAUUAUUUCUGAAUGCGGAUGAAAAGAAAAUCAAAACUGAAUGGAAUAAUAGGCAAAUAUAAAUGCCGUCAUGUGUAAAUUUUGCUUCUUUUGGAAAAGAAAGUGGAUGUCACCAUAAAUUAUGUUAAAAAUGCAACAAAAUUAGAGUAAAUUUAACAGAACUAUAUUUCAAACUUGUUGAUGUGACGUCAUGAUGUGAUGAUGUCACGAAGGAGAAUACGCGACGUUACGCGGCAAAAUCAGUAAAAAUUACUUAAAAUCACUUAAAACGCAUGAAAUAAAAAGGAAAAUUUAUUUGUUUUACGUAUAAAAUUGAAAUAUAUUUCAUUCGUGAACACCAGCUAUUAUAUUUACACUCGUGGCUACGCCACUCGUGAAAAUAUUGCAUCUGGUGUUCACUCAGUGAAAUUAUAUUUCAAUCUUACACGCAAAACAAACAAAUAUCCUCUAUGUGUCACUUUUAUAAAUUUUUUUUAGAUAUUUCAUGUGCCAUUGCCUUUUGAUAAUAACUCUUUUUAGUUUAGAUGUUAGCAUGUACCAUUUUCUAGAGAUGUAAAGUACAAGAGUAUAGAUCUUCACUUGUUCCUUUUUCAAAUGAUGUAAAGUAUAAGAAUUUAAGAAGAUGUUAACAUGUACCUUUUUCCAUGGAUGUAUAUUCCAUGAGUUUUGAUGUAUACAUGUACCUUUUGCUAGUGAUGUCUUUAGUGAUAAGAAUUAAGAUGUUAACAUGCUCCUUUUUCUAGUGAUGUAAAGUAAAAUAAUUAAGAAGUUAACAUGUACCUUUUUCUAGUGAUGUAAAGUUGUAAACAUGUGCCUUUACUAGUGAUGUAAAGUAUAAGAAUUAAGAUGUUAACAUGUUACUGUAUCUAGUGAUGUAAAGUAUAAGAAUUAAGAUGUUAACAUAUUACUGUAUCUAGUGAUGUAAAGUAUAAGAAUUAAGAUGUUAACAUGUUACUGUAUCUAGUGAUGUAAAGUAUAAGAAUUAAGAUGUUAACAUAUUACUGUAUCUAGUGAUGUAAAGUAUAAGAAUUAAGAUGUUAACAUAUUACUGUAUCUAGUGAUGUAAAGUAUAAGAAUUAAGAUGUUAACAUGUUACUGUAUCUACUGAUGUA